UUUGGAUGAGUGGAACACGGGGUAUGUGCGCAGAUGGGCAGGCACAUCAAUGACAUACGAAGGGCCAAAGUGAUCUUCACCAAUCACAUCCAAAACUUCCUAGGGCCCAUAAUAGAGAGGGAGGAGUUUGCGUGAGACUCCCUCUUCUUCUGAGAAUUCAGACAUCUUGACCCAGACAUAGCUAAUGCGACUAAGAGCUGAGAAGGCUGCCCUCGAGAAGGAUAAGAAGGAGGCGAGUAGGGAAAAGCGAAAGCGUGGUGCUGCUGCGGCGCCUGCUGCUGUUACGCCAGCCAACAAUGCGAAGUCCCAAUCGAGAGGAAGUUCGAAAGGGCGAUCUCACCGAGUUGAAAUUUCCUCCGACGAGGAAGACACCGAUGUUGGUCAAGUGCGGCAGAACUUGAGUGAAAAGCUGGAGAAGAGCAGUGACUUAUCUGAGGUGAAGAGAAUGCUGGCCGCGAUCACGCAAAGUCUUGCUGAAGUGAAAGGCAAGCAACCGGUGGUGGAUCCUGAAAGACCACUUGUCAUGGAGCAUGGAAUGGAGGAAGAGGACACUGAAGAUGUGGACGUUGUUGUCAACACUCCAGACCAUGAUGAAGACGAGGUUGACGUGGGCGGUUUGGCCGUGUACAUGAAGAUGUGGCAUGACUUUUACAUGUCCCUGCACUACACCAGGGUGCAGGAACUAUGCAAGCAAAGAGAAAUCUCUUACUUUCGUAAGGAACCAGCGGCAUGGGAAUUGGCGAGGUUGGAUCUGCAAGAGUACGCGGACCAAUUGAAUGGUAACGCCCCGAAUGGGGCUAACAUCGGGAAUAAAGGUGUUGAACCUUCUCACAAGACGACUGGGAGGAACAUUGAUAAUCCAGAGUCUUGUAACGAGAAGGGUGGUGACUCAAUUUCGGGGAACUGAUUAGGGAGCCUUCGCUCCUUAAAAAGAGCAUC